AUGAAUGACAAGUCAUUCUCCCCCAUUGACGAGACGUCUGAUUUCGAUCGCGCCGUUAGUCAGACUAGCGAGGUCUUCGGUCUCGGCCUCCUCGCCCUUUGGGGCGGUAUCCGCGAUGAUGCUGCCGUAAUUGUUGAGAAGACAUCGUACACUAUCUCCCAGGAUCUUGCAGACGGAAAGCUCGCCCAGAAGGACAGGGACUUGAGACUCCUCCUGAAAGCGCCUGCAUCUUCGCCAUCUACGACAACUCGGCCUAGCCAAACAGCCUCCUACGUCCAGAGCUCCGGUUGGACGACCAAUCCAGCUUGGAACCCACCAUCAACAGGCGAAGACGCUGCCUCUAAGACCAAUUUCACUCAUUUCGGCUCUCCUGCAGUCAUGGAACCUCCGUCACAGCCGCACUCACAUGCUGCCAAAAAGAGAAGACGAGAGAGGUCAAGAACGAACGCUGCUUAUGCGCCGGACCAGAGUCGUCAUGAAAAGGUCUUUGACUUAUUCGACAAAGUGAGCACAUCUCCACUCACAACGUUUUUCUCUGGUUACUAA